AUGGCCGCCUUCGUGCGAGUUUCUGGCCCGCCGAACGGCAAUUUUCUAAUCGGUUACCCAGGAAUAUCUGCGACUAUGCCUCGUAUAGAAGGAAAAGUCGAGAUCAGACCGAGUGUCGGCAUUACAGCGCCAGUCAACGUAUCCUUCGUCACCAUAUCGCUCCAUCGUCGCGAAUCCAUCCACCCCUCCGCCGAUUCGGUCACCAAGAAACGUCUGGCCCCGCCGCGAAAAGAGAUUAACGACGUGGUGGGAAAGGAAAUGCUGUUAUUUCGCUGUCCGGCGGGCCGAGAAUACGAGGAGGUUAUCGCAAUGGAUUUGCCCUUUGUGCUGUUCAUACCGUUUGGACGUGGAAGCGCAGACGCAUCAAGACGAGUCCCCGCCGCCAGUUUACAACUUCCCAGUCGGACCGCGGAGACAUUCUACGAGAUGGUGGUGACGGUACAACAGGGCCAUUCGGAUCAGAGAAAACAUUCGUUCCCCGUACCGCUCGAGCGUUAUGACACCCUUUCGACAUUUGGCAUGUACAAUCGCCCCGAAUCAGCAGAGCGAGUGUCGGAUCACUUGGUGACCUUGGGGAUUUCCUUACCGCGGUGGUCGUACGGGCCCUUGGACCCAGUGAGCGUAUACGUGAAAUUGGCUCCGAAUCCGAGCUGGAUGGGAAAGGCGAAAAAGGUGACAAUCAACAAGAUCACCAUCGGAAUUGAAGAAGAGAUCAUAUAUAAUCAUGAGGGAGAUGAGCCACAGCGGAAAGUCAAGACUUUGACGAAGAAAACCGAGACCAUUGGCGUGAAGCUGCCCCCUACGGGCUUCUUGACUAACCUAGGUUUGGUAUUUCCAGCCAGGGACAUGCGAGACUCUGAUGGCAUGUUGCCUCGAGGGAAAGCGGCCUUUCCAACCUACGCGCUUACUGGGUUUACCACUACUGCAAAUCUUUAUAAGAUUGAAUACUACCUGACGAUUAAGGCUCAUUUAACAUCCGCACGAGACAUCCUCAUCCGGCAGCCAAUUGUAGUCUGCCCUCUCGAUCACGCUGGCUGUAAGGAAGAAAUGGAAUCCAUUGAACAGGCCGCACGCGACGCAGUCCAUGUCAACCCCGAUAAUCCCAUGUUACCGUUACCUUCCAUCGUGCGUCCCGGGGAUCCUCAUGCUCUCAGCCAACUAGGCGUGGCUAUUGUCGGGAAUCAAAAGAAGCCAUUGAUUGACUGA